CUUAGAAGCAAGAUGACGUCUGUGUUGAGGCUGAGCGUCCUCUGCGGUGCCCGAGGAGGCCGAGCUCUGUUCCGCCGAACCUCAGAGGUUAGACCUGCUUAUGUCUCAGCAUUUCUCCAGGAUUCUGCUACUCCAGGAUGGUGUGGAAACCUGUUGCCAGGCCGACAUGCUGGUUCCACAGCUGCAUCUCUCCAUUGGACUGGUGAGAGGGUUCUUGCUGUUGGCCUCUUGGGCCUGCUUCCAGCUGCAUAUUUGAAUCCUUGCUCCGCGAUGGACUACUCUCUGUCUGCAGCCCUCACACUCCAUAGUUACUGGGGCCUGGGACAAGUUGUUACUGAUUUUGUACAUGGGGAUACGUUGCCGAAAGUUGCCAGGGCGGCCCUUGUGCUCUUCUCCUCUGUAACCUUUGCUGGCCUUUGUUACUUCAACUAUCAUGACGUGGGCAUCUGCAAGGCUCACUUCAUCCGUUAAGAAUUGAUUGUAUGCACAUUUGUCUCUGUCUUGCCAUUCAGCUUGCAGUAAAAACAGAAGCAACAGAUGAGUACACUGCUGGAUACAGCUUCUCCUGAUUACAUGGCUAUUUUCAGAAUUUAAUGUGGAGGAAAGAUUUGAGAGGAAUUAGAUCUAAGAAACUGAGGCUCCGUUUUGUGUUGUGGUGAGUGAAUGUGUUUCUCCCACCUCACAAAACUCAUAGUGUCUGCAGUACGUAUGGUCGGGUUUUUUGUUUUGUUUGAGGGUUUUUUUUUUUGUCUUUUAACUUAUCAAUGUAUCAAUUUCUUAAAAGAAUUUAGCUUUACUGCUAUCAGUACAUAAUAAUACUUCUGUUUUUGUCCUGGAAAUAAUGGACAGAA